AUGGGUUUGGGAGAAGAGACCGCCUGCGAGGAAAAGAGACCGGGGGUAGUAGAGGCGGAGGAUGGAGCAGAUGGCGAGAAAAGACUAGAGGUAGUAGAGGCGGAGGAUGGAGCAGAUGGCGGGAAAAGACUGAAGGUAGAAGCGGCGGAAGAUGGAGCAGACGUCGAGAAAAGACUGGAGGUAGAAAAGGCUGAGGAUGCGGCCGAUGAGGAGCCAAAGGUUGAGAGGCCGAAGAGAGAUGGGGAGGAACCGGCGGAGGAAGAAGCGCCUAGGGAGAAACCAGUGGCGGAAGAUGAGGCGGCGCCAGCGGCGGUGGGAGCGAAGGAGAAGGGGGAGGCGGAGGAGAGGGAGAAAGAGGAGGAAGCGGAAGAGACUGAGGGACAGCAAGUUAACAAGGUUACAGGUCGGGACAACACAAAAGGAGUCCCUGAUAGUCCACAACAAUCAGAUCCAGUGGCAGAUAGUAGCUAUCAAUCACCAAGGCAGGAACCUUCUGAUACCAGUUAUGGCAGCAGCAAUUGCAGUGGCACUAAAACUGGCAUGGAAUAG